AUGUCCGGGACGAAACCAUCGCACAGUCCUCAGGACAGCCCAGCCAACAAGGCAGUUCGGGGUGUCAUGAACUGCAAGCCAUGUCAAGUUCGCAAGGUAUUUGCUUCUACUGCCGCAAAGGGUGUGCCCAAGAAACGAGGCCCGAAGAAGGAGUCACUGAGUGCUUUGAUCAAACGAAUCGACGGCCUUGAGGAGCUCCUCAAAUCCGACAAGACGCUAACUCCGCCUUUCUCCGAUGCCGUUCCGGCCGAUUUCGACGAACUGCACGUUUACAGCAAUAGCUAUCCUGAGCCAUGUGGCUCUGCGUCAUCUGACGUUUCUCCCUAUAGCGCUUUCCACGAGGGGAGUUGCGGGACCAAUGCAUUCAGCGAAUUUCCAUUCAUCAUCAAUGCAGAAGGCUUGGUAGAUACCUACUUCACGCAUUUCCACCGCAAUCCGUACCGCAUCCUGGAUGAAGAGGUCACUAGACAGAAGCUGAGAAACAACAACAUGCCAAAGUCGUUGUUGUUUUCGGAACAACCCGGUAGAAGGCCAAGCAGCCAUGUAUCUGCAGAAACCUAUGCGUCUUGGGCUCUCAAGGACAUGGAAGUAGGAGAUCUCGCGGUCGAGAAUUGCCAGGCGUUACUGCUACUAGUAGCAGCUUUUGCGGCAAUGGGUAACGGCCGAAAAGCCUACAGCGUGCUCUCUCAAGCUGUGGGCGUAGUCAUGGCGCUCGAGUUAUACCAGGGCUUAGAUCAGCCUAACGACUACAACCCCACACAAAGCAAGAUGAAGAGGAGACUUUUUUGGACUUGCUACCUGAUGAACGUCUUUGUAUCAACAUGGCUUGAGAGACCUUCGUUGAUCGAUGAUACUCUUGUCAAAAGAACCAUCCAGUCGUCCAGACGAAUUUCCCAGGACGGCUGGCCGUCAAAUAACGACUGCCCCCUCAACGUGAAUCCUGAGCCAGUAACCGAGUUUGCAGACGAUCCGGAUAAUGGACUACAGAAACUCGUGUGGGUUGCCCACAUCCUUUCAGAUGCCAAUAGGUAUCUGCUUGUCACCGACCCCACGACAGAAGCAGCAUUCGGCCAUCGUCACAAGAUCCGACAUGACCUCGAUCUCUGGGCGGCGGACAUCAGCCACAACCCCGAUUACCUCUACCAAGGCUCCCGAGGCCAAGAAGCAAACACCAUGCUCCAAUGCCAGAUCAUCUACCACUUGGUACACUGCCUCAUCUAUCGUCCACUUCUCCCUCUGCAUCUAAGCGAGCCAGCUGGGGCCAUGAUGAUACAGCACUGGGUAGCCGAGGCAACAGAAGUCGCCUUUCGGCACGCGACAGCUAUCAUCGAGUUGAUCGAUCGUACCUUGCAAACAAAGUUCCUUAAACUCCCGGCCUUCAUCUCCUACUGUGUAUUUACAGCCGGAACCGUCCACGUCCACGGGAUGCACUACACCAACGACCGCCACGAGCAAGGAACAGGAAUCGGACUCCCCUCUUUUGCUAGCUCCCCGAUGGCAGCAGAGACCUUUGCAUCCUCUUCGGAACUUGUCAGCAAGUGUCUGUACCAACUCUCUGCCCUUGGCAACGAGAACGAAUCUUCUCGAACGUUUAGAGCGUUCCUCGAGGAGCUCACAAAAGAGCAUGCAAAGUUACUCGGAAAGGGUGCAGCUGGUUACAUGCCCUUGCAAACCAACAAGUUCUUCGACAGAUACCCUGUCGAACUACGCCAGAGAAUUCAAGGCUUCCAUUUCUGUUCGGUGCCAUCAGGUACGACCGCUCAGCCGUACCCACCUGAGAUUCCAGACGGUAGUGUCGGAAAGACGGGACUUCCAUCGACACCUUGGGGAUCGAACCCAAGCCACGCCGGCACCAAGAUACCAGUGAUGCAGUCUAGCACAAGCAUGGGCCAGCGCAUAGGACACGGCCCAGGCCACUUGCGCUCGUAUUCAGACAGCACUUCGCUAAGCCAGACGUAUUCGUUCGCAACAGGUGCGCCGGCCUCUCAAAGACCAUUGCCCGCAUGGCCGGGAUUCCACGACGCGACACCGAGGCAAAUCACCACCCACGGCGAAACACCCAUGCUGGGCCCCUCGACCCAGCUCACGUCCCCACUACCUGAAAAUGAGCCAGCUUUGACCGGCGAGCAGAGUACCUGGAGCGGCGCCGAAGGUUUCGGUGGAGGGGAUGAACCGCUUGCUUACGACACCGUUCCAGGCGCUGUCACUACGGCAGGUCCGAUGUAUCAGCCAGAAGGCACGUUUGUACAAUAUCAAGCCUUCUCUGUAUUAUAG